AUGGGAGAUAACGAAAAUAAGGAGAAGAGGGCCCCCGCUUCGUCCCCAAGCGAAGAAGGUGGCGGCAAAACGAACAAGCAGUGGAAAAAUGACCAAAAUGGGGAAAAUUCUGGAGGCGCCAAAAAUUUGAGCAGCUCUAACAGCUCGCGAAAGGGGAAAGGGAAAAAAAAUAAGAGUGGGGCGAGCGACUCAAUCGGGAAGAGGAAGGAACAGUUGGAGGCGAAAGCAAGCAUCGAGGACAUCUUCAAUAACCUGAAGGCCAAGGAGAAGAAGGCUACAAAAGUUGGCAGCGAGACGAGGCCUAUUAAAAAAAGCUCCGAAAAAAGCGGCCUCAACGCCGGUCGGGUCCAGAAAAAGGCACAACGGCGGGUCGCCAAGGCGGCGGUCACCGAGCGCGCGCGCACGCCGGAUGGGUUGCCCAUUUAUUCUAUGGAGGAGCUCAAGAUGG